CGCGCCGCUGCGCCGGGCCCGCUGCCGCCGCCGCGGGAUCGCCGCCCCUCCCCCAGCCCGCCGGCCCCACCGGCCCGCGGGGCGCGGACGCGCGUGGCGGCUGCUCGGUGCGACCAUCUUUGGAGCCUGCCCCAGGAUGCCCCGGGGGUGUGGAUGACCAGCCGUCCAGUGGCCCCCGCGGUCCAGGUCCGGAUGUCGCUGCCUGAGGGCCGCCGGUGGCCCCGUGCCCUAGUUUCCUGACGCAGGGACCCUGCCCGUUUGGUCCCCACCUGGCUGCUCUGGGGCCAGGGAAGGCGCGGGAGUAGUUUCCCCCGCCAAGCACGCGCGCCACGGCGCAGGGCCCGGGAGGAAGGGACUUGGCCCCGGAGGGCAGCACCUUCGCUCAUCGGCUCGGCAAAAUGACCAGCCUGUUCCGCCGGAGCAGCAGUGGCGGCGGCGGCGGCGGCGGCGGGGGCGGGGGCGGCUCCGCAGGGGCGCGCGGGGCCGGGGGCAGUGCCACGGCCUCCUCGCAGGAGCUCAACAACAGCCGGCCCCCGCGGCAGGUGCGCCGCCUCGAGUUCAACCAGGCCAUGGACGACUUCAAGACCAUGUUCCCCAACAUGGAUUAUGAUAUCAUCGAGUGCGUGCUGCGCGCCAACAGCGGGGCUGUGGACGCCACCAUCGACCAGCUGCUGCAGAUGAACCUGGAGGGGGGUGGUGGCAGCGUCUACGAAGACAGCUCCGACUCGGAGGACAGCAUCCCCCCGGAGAUCUUGGAAAGGACUUUGGAACCCGAUAGCUCCGAUGAAGAGCCCCCGCCUGUGUACUCCCCGCCAGCCUACCACAUGCACAUGUUCGACAGGCCUUACCCGCUGGCUCCCCCCACUCCGCCUCCCCGCAUCGAUGUGCUGGGCCCCGCGCCCCUCUCCAGCCAGAGGCACUAUCGGAACUGGAACCCGCCACUGCUGGGCAACCUCCCGGAUGACUUUCUCCGCAUCCUGCCCCAGCAGCUGGACAGCGUACAGGGCAACCCCGGGGGCUCCAAGCCCAUGAGCAGAGAGGGAGGCCUGCCCCCUACGGCCGGGCCUGGGACGCGCGACCAGGAGAGCCUCUGGAAGCAGUACCUGGAGGACGAGAGGAUCGCGCUCUUCCUGCAGAACGAGGAAUUCAUGAAGGAGCUGCAGCGCAACAGGGACUUCCUCCUGGCGCUGGAGAGAGAUCGACUGAAAUACGAGUCCCAGAAAUCCAAGUCCAGCAGCGUGGCUGUGGGGAAUGACUUCGGCUUUCCCUCUCCUGCCCCAGGAACCAGUGACGCCAACCCUGCUGUGUCUGAAGAUGCCUUAUUCAGGGACAAGUUGAAACACAUGGGCAAAUCCACUCAGAGGAAGCUGUUUGAACUGGCUAGGGCCUUCUCGGAGAAGACCAAGAUGAGGAAGUCAAAGAGGAAACACUUGUUGAAGCAUCAGUCGCUGGGGGCUGCUGCGUCAACAGCCAAUCUCCUGGAUGACGUGGAGGGCCACACCUAUGAUGAAGACUUCCGGGGAAGGCGACAGGAGGUGCCCAAGGUGGAGGAAGCCCUAAGGGAAGGACAGUAAGAGAUGACAGCAGUUCCUCCUCGCUGGAGAUGAUCUGACCCAGUGGAGGCGGCCAGAGAGCGGCACCGGCCCCCCGUCGAAGAGCCUAGCUGCGGCUGGACAGAUGGUGCUGACUGCCGAGGCCCAGCGAUUCUCUGGCCGCCGUCCAGCCCAGACACUGCCACUUUCUGUGGGACUUGGAACUUUGGAGUUGCAUGCUGUGAUUGGAGAAAGGAUCUGGGGGAGGGGGGUGCGCAGGCCAACCAGGGCUCCUUUGUAGCCUGGCUGUUCUAUGGGCAAUGAUGGAAAUGCAGGAUCCAAACCCCUUCUUUAAAAAAAAAAUAUCCAGAAACAGGCAAAGGUUGGAGGCUCUUUGGCCUGAAGGUGGAGCCCCUACCUCUCACGCUUCCCAACCUUCUGGACCACGGACAAUGCCUGACCCCCUGUCCCAUCCCCUGCUCCCUCCUGGGCACUUUGAGCCCUUUAUUCCCACUGUCUUCUGCAUCUCAGCCUUUUCCAGGGGCUGCUCACACUGGGCACAGCCCCUGUGCAGAGCUCCAGGUGGGAGAGCCCCGGGCAGCCACUCGGCCCCUGGAGGAGUGAUGGGCCACGGAAGAGGGUUAUCUGCUGACUGCCCUGCCUGGGCCCCGCUGGCGCCUCUUUUAGGAGCUGGCAUGGCCCCCAGCAGGGAUGGGGAGGGUGGCCACCCCGGAGCUGGAGGACUCUGGCUAGGCAGUAGUCUGCAGCAAGGGAAAGGGGUUGCCAGUCUGGGUGGGAGCACCUGGGGCAAAAGGGUUUGCUGGGUGCCCCUUGCCAAGAGCGAGAAGGUGAAUGAUCUGAGGAUGAAAACUCUGGUUCUACCAACCUUACCUGGCAUCAACCACUGCCAACGGGAGGGAGAUUGCCCGAUCUCCCUGGCGCCACCAUCAGGAUGGGAAGGCGCUGACCUCUUGGGAGACCCGGGAAUCCUGGGCCGCCCGAGGUUUCAGCCACCCCACCCACCGAGUGUGGAAGCAGCCCAACCCCCGCAGGGCUGGCAGUGAGAACCAAGCCUUUGCGGGGCCCCAGGUGGCCUCAGGUCACCCUGAGAAAAUGAGGGCAUGGCGGGCGCUCAGGACCGCAGGCGGAGGCGACACCGCCAGCGCACCUCAUUCCUCCCGCGCCGCUUGACCAAGUUUGGAAGCGCGCGGGCUGGCCCUGCCUAGGAGGGGCCGCCUGCCCUCUACUGCGUCUGGGCCGGGAUAUAGCCCUCGGCCCGAGCUACAGCCGGGCCUGACCCCGAGGGGCUGAGGGGUGCCUCGGGCUGUGGCCCGGCUCCUCUCUGCUCUAGAGCCCGGCGCACCGCGGGGAAGCCCCAGCCCCAAGUGUGUGUAUUGCUGUAAGUGUUUUUUUUUCUUCCCUUUUUCCCCCCUUCUAUGUGUGGGUUUUCUCUUGGGGCUGUUUCACAGGAAUUCCUGUAAUAAAGACUUGGUGUUCUCUU